AUGUCCAUCUGUCCAGUUUGCAAGAAGACUGUCUUUUUUGCCGAGAAAAUCACCACUCUCGGAUCGGACUGGCAUAAGUCAUGCUUUCGCUGCUCCAACGAGUCAUGCAAGAAACUUCUUGUUUUGGGAAAGCAAUCCGAUAGACAAGGAAAACCAUAUUGUGCUCGUUGCCACUCAAUCCUCUUCGGCCAACACAGCAACGGACCAUCUGAAAGCAAAAUUCAUCAAUUCCACGAAGGCGAGGUGGUUGUAUAUCGCAUGUAA